UGGUGUUUCUGCAUGAGCAUUCCAAGCUGAAGAUGGUUCACAGUGACAUUAAAUCCGCUAAUAUUCUUCUCGAUGGAAAGCUCAAGGCUAAAAUAUCAGACUUUGGAUUGGCAAGCCUUUACACCGAAGAUGAUCAAUUCAAGUUCAUCAAAGUAGAAGUGACAGAGGGAUAUGUGGCACCUGAGUAUGUUCGAGGAGUUGUGACAUCUAAAGCUGAUGUUUACAGUUUUGGGGUGGUUAUACUUGAAACUGUUAGUCGAAGGAAAAAUGAAGGACACAAGCGAGAUAGCCAGGAAACUAAAUUUCAUUUAGACACGGCUUGUGAUUUACUGCAAAAAAGAAAGCUGGUGAACUUGGUUGAUAAAACCUUGUCUAACAAAUAUGAUCAAAACAAGCCAUCAUAAUCUUGAAUUUAGCAGUAAAGUGCAUCAAUAUAUCGCCAACUCUGAGGCCUACUACGUCUGAAGUUGUGAGUGUUCUCGUUGGCGACAAAAAAAUUGAGGAGAUUUGUUCCCCUGCUCUGAUUGAGGACAUCAACGACCCCCACGUGAAGGAGAUCGAGGAGUUCGCGGUGUCUGAGUACAACAAGAAAUCCGGGAAGAAGCUGGAGUUACAGAGCGUGGUGAAGGGUAAGACUCAGGUCGUCCCCGGCGAGAAUUACCAACUCGUCAUCGCCGUCAAGGAUAACUCCGAGGCGGCCAAGUACGAGGGCAUUGUAUGAGAGGAUUUGGGAACAGACUAGGGAAUUGCUCUCCUUCAAUAGUCACAUAGCUCAAGUUGAUUCCUCUGUUUCUAUGGGAGUAACCUCGAGAGCAUCCACAUCAUCCACUUUGAUCAAAGGAGAAGAUGAAACAGAACACAUUUCUGAGAGUACCGCUCUGGAGAUUUCCAAGUGAAAUAGAGUAAUCUAGCCAAAUGUUUGUGUCUAUUUUCUUUUCCUUUUUUUCGAACAUGAUGGGCUCUACUGCGACUACUGUAUUGAUUAUGUAUAAAAUCGAUGCUAACAAGAAGACUAGAAGAAAUGGGA